AUGUCUACAUCACUUCAAUCCACUGACGAGAUAGUAUCACACAUUUUCGCUAGACCUGUACCACCUUUAGAACCUGGGAAGAAAGUGUAUGCACCGGAGUUGACAAAGGCUAUAUCAGGACUGAAGGAGCAUGACUAUGUGAUAGCGGCGAUCCACCUAGCAAACGAUGAUAUACACCAUUGUCAUUUGAUUGCUCAAGACCACGAAGGAGACUCCACGGCAGAUCUGCUGCAUGCUACUUUGCACCGUCGAGAAGGGGAUUAUUGGAACUCUAAAUACUGGUGGUCAAAUGUCCGCUCGCACCCUCUUGUCCCUUCUUCAUCGAAUGCCAAAUCCUUUGUAGAUGCAUGUGAAGCGGUACAUAAAAACAGGGAUGACGAUAGUAAAUUGAAGGAGACGCAAUGGUCAGAAUUGAAAAAGCUCGUAGAGUGGAUGAGAGAGAAUUACAAAGCGUGA